AUGGGUCUCACAAUAUCUAGUGUUUUUACCAAGCUUUUCGGCAAGAAACAAAUGCGUAUUCUUAUGGUUGGGCUAGACGCCGCCGGAAAAACUACCAUACUUUACAAGCUGAAGUUAGGCGAGAUUGUUACAACCAUACCUACAAUCGGUUUUAAUGUGGAAACAGUAGAGUACAAAAAUAUUAGUUUCACUGUAUGGGACGUCGGCGGUCAGGACAAAAUCAGGCCGCUGUGGCGCCACUAUUACCAGAAUACACAGGGACUGAUUUUUGUAGUAGAUUCAAGUGACACUAAGAGGAUAGCAGAAGCUGAAAAUGAACUGGCUAAUAUGUUAAAAGAAGAUGAACUGAGAGAUGCUGUCAUCUUAGUGUUCGCGAACAAGCAAGAUAUGCCAAAUGCAAUGACUGCAGCUGAACUUACAAAUGCUCUUAAUCUCAACAACCUUAGAAAUCGCCGUUGGUACAUCCAGGCUACAUGUGCAACACAAGGGCAGGGACUCUAUGAAGGCUUAGACUGGCUUUCUAACGAACUGGCAAAGAAGUGA